AAUCUUAUGGCUGAUCUACUCAUUGUAAAAGGUUAAAAUCUCGUAUUUAUUGAUAAGAGAAAUAAAUGUUCAUGUUUAACAAGCAUUUUCUUCUGUUGCUUUCUCGCUUUAAGAUGACUGCAGCUGUCAGAAGAAUCGGGUGCAUACAGAGGCAUCUGGUGUCAUUUCCUAAGCGUUUACCAAUGGUACAGCAGACGAUGAGCGGAGCAACUCGCGGAAGCGCAGGAAACGAUGAAACGCUCCGCUUUUUAGAAACGAUUUUCUCUACUCCGGAUCUGGGUGUCCUGGCUUUGGAGUCCAAAUGUCGACGGUUUUGUGAUCACUACAGCAGUCUUGCGGCUGAAGACAAAAUCAGCUUCUUGACCGUGCUUUCCAAGCAGUAUGGCGUCCACCAAAGUACUGUUGUCCAGGUGGCCCGAAGUGUUGUUAAUGCUCAGGAGAAAGGAGAAGCACUAUUACUGAUGACGGAAGAACGAUUACGUCAUACAUUAAUCCCGCAGUAUCAGCAACUCUUCAGUAAGAUUGGUCGAAUUGAUGGAGGGGUUAAAUUCCUAGUGGAUAUGCGUGCAGAUAUUUUGACACACCUGCCAGGCGUGCAGAGUGAGGAGUAUAAGGCGCACAUGCGCAUUCUGCAGCAGACAAUCAGAGACCUCCUGGCUCUAUGGUUUUCUGUCGGAUUCCUUCAUCUCCAGAGAAUCACGUGGCAAAGCCCAUGUGACAUGGUCCAAAAGAUCUCAAUGUAUGAAGCAGUUCACCCCAUACGAGACAUGAACGACUUAAAGCGUCGAGUGGGGUCGUACCGCCGCUGUUUCGUAUUCACUCAUGGCAGCAUGCCCGGGGAGCCUGUCGUUGUCCUGCAUACAGCCCUAACCAGUAGCAUUUCCAGUAGUAUUCACUCUAUAUUGAAAACACCUACGUUUUCUGGAUUGAGGUUGGAGCCUGAGUCUUCCAGUGACGGAGAUGUUGACGAGAGAGAGGAUUUAAGCAAAAUUUCGGCAGCAAUAUUUUAUUCUAUUACAUCGACACAAAAAGGACUACAAGGAGUCGAUCUAGGUAAUUACCUGAUAAAGACCGUUGUCAAAGAAUUACAGAACGAAUUUAGCGGUAUUACACAGUUUUCUAGCCUGUCUCCAAUACCGGGAUUCAAAGCCUGGCUAAUCGCCGAACUGAACAGAUUAGUGCACUUACAGGAAAUUGGCGAGCAAUCGGAAGAGCUCCUGUUAGAAAAUGAAAUGGAGGGACUUAGAAAUGCACUGUCAAUUUCCAAUCAAAAUGUUCUUAAAACAUUAAAAGACUUGAUCCAGACGCACAGAUGGAUUCAAAAUGAAGAUAUAUGUGAAGCCGUUAAAGGACCAUUAUUAAGGUUGUGUGGGCGGUAUUUAUUUAUAGAAAAGCGAAGAGGAUUUGCCCUUAACCCUGUUGCUAAUUUCCAUCUCGGUAAUGGGGCGGUGCUGUGGCGGUUGAAUUGGAAGGCGGAUAUGUCGAUGCGUGGUAUUAACCAAUCUUGUGGGAUGAUGGUCAACUAUAGAUAUUAUCUGGAGAGCACUGAAGAAAAUAGCCGAAAAUAUUUAGAAAAUCACACGAUCACCGCUUCCCCAGAAUUCGUUAGUCUCGUACAGUAUGCCAAGUAGGAGAAAUUAAUCAGAAUAGGGCAAGUUGCUCAAUUCUCGACGAAAAGACGAUUCGUGAGAAUUGAAAAUGAUAUCAAUGAUCUCCAACCUGUACAUACAUUGAUCAGUAUUCAUUGAUUAACUUUUAAUUUGAUUGUCUUGUGUAUUUACGUCGACAAACUACUGUUGUGUGAUGUUAUGAUUUGAAUGUUAAAAAUUUUAUGCGGGCCAAAGGGUUAUGUUACAUCUAGAUAUUUUGUAUCUACGGUAUUUUAGAGUUAGAGAGUUGAAAGGAAAAAAAAAACAAUUAACUGCAGAUGUUGUAAUUGGGCUAUUACUGAUGAUAUUAAGUUUGGAUGAUGGCGCGGCUCACUGAGGCAGAACUCAUCCAUUAUUCUAUUUUACAUUCCUUUUCAUUAUUCUAUUUAUUAUCUCACUGGAUCUCCUCGUGACAUACUUGACCAGGGCCGUUUAUACACGCGUAAACCGAACCAAACAUCAGUAGCUGCUUAAGUAGCUGAUCGUGAAUUUUAUAACAAUUUGAUCUUAUAUCUGUAACAUUACCAAAGUAAAACACUAUAAUUUAGAUCAAUAGCUUAAGUUUUUUUUAACAAAUAGAAAUAUGGGCAUUAUAAAGCAUACCAAUUUUUUAAUAAUCAAAUCCUAGAAAUUGUAACCGUACUAUAAUGUAUUUUUAAUUUUGAACGCUGCAGUUGACUAUGAUUAGUAAUGUUUGGUCAAUUGAAUUUGACUUCACCGAUACGUGUUUUAAAACGCGCAAUUUGAUUGGUAGAUAAAAAUGUUAGGAAUUCCAUAGAUGGUCAUCAGAUAAAUCCCGAAUAAAUCUCCCAAUAUUGAGAUUAACUCACUCUGAGGUACAACAGAAAUGAUCGUCUGGACCAACCAGAGAGCAUCAUGAAUUCUUGAUCAUUUAAUAAACCAUGUUAACUACCGAUGUACGAAACUAUACCCUGAUGACGUAAUGAUUGUCAAUCUCUACCCAGAGUUAUCGUUCAAGAUCAAGGAACGACAACUCUGGGUUGAGAUUGAGUUAUUGUAUAUUCACCAAACAAGGAAUGCGAAAAGCACCUGUGUCCGAAAUAGUACAAUCACUGAGUACAACAAAUAUGCAAUAUUUUGUGUUUUUUGUAUCAUCUGAGAACUGAUGUCUAUAAAAUGUGUAAUUUAGAUGUUGGAUGUUAAGUUUGGUUGAUUGGGUAAUUGCUAAUAUAAUACCAUAUUUGUAUAGCACCCUUUUCAUACACUAUGUACGCUCAAAGGUGCUUUAUGUACAUGUAUAGUAUACAAAAUACAUAGAACUAAACCUGUGUAAAUCUUUCGCUAUAUGUAAACACGGGUGUAUUUUGUAUACUGAAACAUAUGACACGUAAUGUCUCCGAUUCAAAUAAAGAAAUUAACUGUAAACGAUAACAACAAAAUUUGUUAUAGUGUAAUUGACAAUAAUCUGUGAUCGAUAGAUAUUUCUACUACGUUGUAUUUGUAAUAGGAAUUGGGGUCCAUUCUAGUUAAAAUGCUCUUACAAGUUUCCUAUAGAAAGGGAUACUUCAAAGUUUUUAAGUUUGCAUUUUUGUCAUACUAUUAGAUUUAUGCAUUUGUUGCAGACUUUAAAUAUGUCAAAACAUGUACAUGUAUAUAUUUAAAAAGUUGUAACGGUAUUGAUAUGAGGUGAAAUCCUAUUAAACAUUACAGAUUAUAGACGUUGACUUCAGAAUUCUACUCACACUGUAUCUAAACUCUCCCGAUGCAAUUCAUCAGACGACCGUCAGCAUCACAAACAUUUAAAACAUUGUUGUAAUUUUAAUUAUGAUUCAGUCUGCACAGAGAAUUUCAUGCUGUUUCUCCGGAUCCAUUUCCUUUCUUUAAAAAUCUUCAUGUUCUCCAAGGUUCUGAUGUAGAAACUCUAAUUGUUUGUGUACAGUUUUGAAAUCAGUGUAACUGAGAUCGAAAUGCAGUUUAAACAGGUACAAAUCGCCACCAACACGUAAGCUAAAUUUAUUCCGCCCCUUAUCUGUCCCGAUUCUGAAUCGAAUCACUCAAUCGACUGCCGCCCUGCGUACUCAGGGUAGAUAUUUCAUAGAAACUCGGUACUUUUUGCAUUUUUCUGUUGGCAAAGAAACCAAGCCUUAGAAUCCCUAGCAGGGAUUAAAAAAUGGAAUUUGAAAUUUACAGUGAAGGUGUUUUAAUAUACUAGUAUGCAGUGUGUAAUAUGUUUAUAUACAUCAACGUAAGGCAUUUUUCUAUUUAUAAAUACUACAUGUAAAAGAAAUUAUGUCUUGCUUUUGAAUCUAAAGUUAUUUGCUCUUUGAUGUUAUAUAUUCCGCAAUUUGUUGUAGAGCAAGACUUGCAGAGAGAAUGAGAGCGAGAGAGCUAAAUCAAAAUAACUUUAUCACUGCCAUCUUACCUAUACAAACUAGUGUAAAUACUAUGUCGUUUGUUAUUAUUUAAGUAGUUAGUAUAUAUUGAUGUAAACAUCCUUGUUUUCUAGGCUACCAUAUUCGUGUCAAUGCAAUAGUUCCGAAAUCUAUUCUGUUCUUGUUUCUAUGUACAUAACAUGCAACAUAUUUGCCACUUCCCUAAGUACAGGGUGUUGUUGUUUUUUUUCUAAUGUUAACUUCGCGUAAUUUGUUCCCAGGAAAUGUUAUUGCCUAUACUUUGAUCAAUAAAAUUGCGAAUGAAAGGCUGUA